AAUUGUUUUGGCCAUCGUCCAUCUACAGAGACAUCUAGCGGGGCAAUGGUCUGGAUUACAGAUCUAAGGGCCCACUUAUCAGAAAUCAAAGCCCGAGUAUAGCGUUCAAGACCUCCUGUCGAGUCGAGAUUGAAAUGCCUCUGGCGGAGGAUCCUAUAACGGAUCUUCAACAUAAACGUGCGACCCGAUCGAUCCGACACCGUUCGGGGAGGGAAAUGGAGAAGGGCGUCAGGAGAUGGAUGGUGGAUAUCUCUCUGUGGGACCCGGGUCCUGAUGAAUUCUCAUCCAUCAUCUCUCUCCUCCCUCUCCACGAACACUCCAGCAUCACCAGGUUUAUAAAGUUCAAAGAUAGGAAACGAGCUCUCGUCAGCCGCUUGCUUCAAUACGUGCUCAUCCACCAAGUGUUGGGAAUUCCAUUUGAUGAAAUAGUCAUAAAGAGGACUAUCGAAGGGAAACCAUAUUUGGAAAGUGGUACAGGGAGCUCUGAAUUCCCAAAUUUCAACUUCAAUUCAUCUCAUCAUGGAGAUUACGUGGCCAUAGCAUCGGAGCCACUAUGCCUUGUAGGAUUAGAUAUCGUUUCUCAUACCCUCUCCAAGCAAGAAACAGCUCUCGAGUUCAUCGAAAACUUCUCAUCAUGCCUUACAAAUCUGGAAUGGCAGAAUAUUAUCAAUGCUGGUUCUUCAGAUGAAAUAUUGGUUGAGUUUUACAGUGUUGGUAGGUAUUGGUGCCUGAAGGAGGCAUAUGUCAAAGCCAUAGGGGCUGGUCUUGGAUAUGGGUUGGACAGAUUGGAGUUCCGUCACAACAACUGGACUGACAUAUCUAUCCAUGUUGAUGGGGAGGAAUCAAGAGCAUGGAGAUUUUGGCUUUUUGAUCUGGGUAAACAGCAUUGGGCAUCUGUUGCAAGAGGUCCUCCAAAUAGAGCCGUCGAGAGUUACAGGAUAAGGCUGGAACGGGUCGAAUUCAAGGAAGAAGAAUAUUAUUCGAGUCUCAAGCUUCCAGAUGCGGGUUUUGUCUUUCUUACUGUGGAUCAGCUAAUUUCAAUGACAAGCAGGGAGAAAUAAUGAUUGGUUUAGGGAUGAGAGGGAGCAUAAUGUGACUACAGCUUAGAAGGUUGUUUUCAUAGCCUCUCCCCGCAGGGUCUUGCAAAAAGUUAGUUGGGUCUUGUCAGCAGUACAUUGGAAGAAGAUGAGAUGCAAUUUGAUGUAUAUUAGCAAAAAUGUUCUUGCAAUGAAGCAUUUCUUUCUUCAGAUGCAAGAAAUAGAAACGGAGCGACUGGAAGAUGUGCAUGGCCCAUGUUGUAAAGUGAGCAUUUUUGUGCUACCUUAUACUAUCCUCUCUAUACGCCACAUAACUCUAGGGUGAUCAGCACUGUUAAUUUUGUAGGCCACCAUGUGAACGCAAUGCCAUUUGAUGACCUUAAAUGUCUGAUCAAUGAACUUUUGCACAUUGAAAUUAGAUUUGCUCAAAAGUGGUGAUUCUGUUUA